UUAAACAUGUAAGAAAAUGAAAUUUAAUUAAUGCUUAAAGCAAAACUAUUUCUAGCCCUGUAGCUAUUUUUGAAUGUGUCAGCGGCCUUAUUAAAAGUUUUAAAACGGAACUUAUCGCGGAAGCCAAAACAGAGCAGUGCAUGUUGGGUAGCCCACAUAUGUUUGUUUUUUUUAAGGCGAGCUAUUGUUUCUGUCUUGAAAUAUGGCCCAACGAAAAAAAGAGAAAACAAAAUGAUUAAACUAACAUUUAACAGCCAUUACAGUACUUUAAAGUAUUUAUGGAUGGAGUGAGAGAAAUGGCGGAGGAAAGUGAAGUGAACCUUCCAGUCGAGGAAGAAGACAAGGAGAAAGAAGGGAUUUGGUGCUUGAGGAGAGUCGGUAAAAAAUGCGAAUGGCUGCUUCUGAACGAAGAAACUGAGGUGACUCUUGGACGUGGGCUUGCUGUCACAUAUCGGAUAUUAUCUUUGGCCUGUCCGUUGAUGAUUUCUAGAAACCACUGUGUAUUCAAGCAGAAUGAAGAGAGCCAGUGGACAGUGACUGACAAAAAGAGUCUGAAUGGAGUGUGGGUUAAUGGAAAGCGAAUUGAGCCCUAUAAGGCGCACCUUUUGAAUGAAGGAGACACCGUUCAACUUGGAGUGCCUAUUGAAGACAAGGGAGUAGAGUAUGAGUAUGUGCUGAUUAAGGAUCAGCUACAAAAUGUAGCCCCUUUUUUGCACAAAACUACAGAGCAAGACACCGAGAUUGCUCCCAGAGUCAAAAGGACUAAGAGGAAAUACAGCUCUGGGGAAUUUGAUUCUGAGGACUCCUCCAACUCAAAAGAAAAAGUGUCUCUGAGCUUUAGCGUGGACAAGUCCAGAAGCAGUUCUUCCUUGGCUACUGAAAUGGCCAAGCAAAAACCUAACCACUGUGAGUCUGCAACCCCUGGACCAAGUAGGGAUCCCCAGGAAGCCCUCCCUCUACAAGACACACAGGACCCUACAAAGCUGCAGCCAAUUUCACAGAGCAGUGCAGAGCUUGCCCGCCUGCAGGACAACAUGAAACGGAUCCAAAGACUGAAAAUUAGAGUGAAGGAGGCAGAGCAGCAAGCAGCUUCCCUUUAUGCCCAGCAGGCACCUGAACCACAGCUUAACCAAGUAGAGGAGAAGCUAAAUGUUCUAAGGGGACAGCUGCGCGUCGAACAGCAACAGCAGCUGCUGAGAGUCGAGCUGCUGGAGAAAACGUUUUUUGAGGAGGAGCAGCGGCUGGAGGAUGAGAAGAAGCUUCAAGUGGAAGAGAGUUUGGAAAAUAAACUGGAUUUGGCUUUGCAAGAGCAUCGAAAGGUGAUAGAAGAAUUGAGACGUUCCCGAAAAGAUUUUGAAGAGAUCAUCCAGGCCAAAGAUAAAGAACUUGAGGAAACCAAGGAAGAGAAGGAGAAGGCUAAAGCCCAGAAAGAAGAAGUUUUAACUCAAAUGACUGAAGUGUUGGAGAAUGAACUGCAGUGCAUCAUCUGUUCAGAGCUUUUCUUUGAGGCUGUCACAUUGAACUGCGCUCAUAGCUUCUGCUCGCAUUGUAUAAACCAGUGGAGGAAACGGAAGGAUGAGUGCCCCAUUUGCAGACAGGGUAUCUUUGCUCAGACUCGUUCCCUGGUUCUCGACAACUGCAUUGAUAGAAUGGUGGAGAACUUGAGUUCGGAGAUGAAAGAGCGGCGUGAAAGCCUGAUGCGUGAACGUAAAGGUGAGAGCUCAGUCAGUGGUGAUGGUCAUGACGGCAACGAGAGCAGUGAUUUCUCAUCAGGAAGCAGCAUCUCCUCUGUAAUAUCCACUGAAGAAAGCAGCAGCAGCAGCAGCAGCAGCAGCAUCAGCUGGGGCUCUGACACCUCUAGUUCCAGUGAGAACUCCUCAUAUGAUGGGUUCUACAUCAUCUAGACGAAGUUGACCUUUCCAGUCCUGGUCAUGUUCCAUUCCUGUUCUAAAUGGUGUUAUUGAACCAGGUCCUGAAGUAGUUAAUUGUUUUAUUUUUACCAAAUAAAACCUUGAGAUGAAUAGCCCUCCCAAGAUAAUGAUUUGCCUGUUUUUCUGUGUUUAUUGAUGGAAUAUAAAAAAAAUAACUUUUUUUACAGCUCUGAUCAAGGUGUUUUCAGAUAAAUGUCCUAUUGUGUGUGUAUCGACAGUGUUAAGUUGUGUAUUGUAGUAAGAAUUUGUCCUGUGGAAUGCAAUCCUAGAUCACAAGCUUGUUCACCCUUGUGCAAGUAACUUGAAAGUUUGUACCUUUUUUUUUUUUCUUUUCUUUUGUAAAAGGAAUAAAAUAAAUAAAAAAAUCUGAACUCUA